UAAAGAUAACAACAUUUAUUUGGACAAUUUUUAUUAACCAACAUACAUUUGUUUUGAGAUUUAUUACCAACACGUUUAUUUGGUUUACAUUAAAUAAAAAAUUUCAUAUUACGAUGUCGGCAAUUAAAUUUGGCUCUCAUCUUAAAGAAUUACGGCUACACCUGUGUCAAUCGUCGGCUUCCAGCAAAGGAGUCAGACAAUUUAUAGAAAAAUAUUAUGUCCCGAUAAAAAAGGCUAAUCCCAAAUUCCCUAUUCUCGUGCGUGAAUGUAGCGGAGUAGAACCUAAAGUUUUUGCACGGUUCGAAUUUGGUCGAGAAAAAAGUGAACAACUCUCCGAUCAAACAGCAGAAAAUGUUCUUAAGAAGAUCGAAGGACUAGCAAAAAAUUAAUAUUAAAUAACCAAAAAAAAGAAAUGUUUUAUUGUAAAUAAUGUAAUACAUUGUACUCGCGGGUUUAGCUGUUUUAGAAUAGAAAAUAAUAAAACUUAAUUGUGUGUAAAAA